CUUCUACAGUCCAAUGCCUGCCUUGUCUGCCUAGAGUAACCCUGACCCCAAAUCCCAACCGUCUCUUAUGUCCUGACAUCUGCUUCCCGAGGCUGCGACGGCAUUGAUUUCUCUAGUCAUUGCAGAAAUCAGGCAGGAGUACGAGGCAGCGGCAAAAUAAUGUCUCUUCGUUGCACCGCAUAAGUAACUCUGUGGUGAAUCGUCCCCCUUUCGUUACCUCUGGUCAUAAAUUUUGUUCCGCCGUUGUCCUCGUCGCCCUCUUUACAAACCACCAGCUGCGCUGCGGCUACUCACUCCUUUGAACACAAAAAGUUACUUUACUGCAUACCUCAACGCUUGCCUAUACGCCCAACACUCUCACAUGGGCAUAUAGCGAGCAAACACAGAAAACACAAUGCCGAAACAACACGUCAUCUUCGGGCGGCCAGUCCCGCAAAUCCCUCCACGCAGGAUCGCACUCUUGCUCGCGUGCUUGGGCAUCUUCGCCGUCGGUUCGUUGCUCUUCACGCUGCCCAGCACCAUCGAGACGGGCCCGAACCUUUCCAAGUUCACCGACCUAAGGCCGUCAAUACCUAAGAAGAUCACCGGCGCCGUCUCGUCAUGGAAGAACAGCCUGAAUCCCUUUAAGCCGCCGUCCCACCCCCCGCAUCGCCAGAGCAACGACACGCUGGGGGAGUCGUCGUGGUACUCGGACUGGAAGUGGCUCUCUUCCCCCUUCUCUUCUACCGUGACCCUCGACGAGAACAGAUCGAUUCUGCCGCCGAUGAAGAUACGGACGCCCAUAUACUGCUACUACGAUACGGUCCUGGCCGAGAAGAAGGACAAGGCGAGGAGGGACGCCGAGAGCGCGCUGCUGCUCAGCUGGAGGAGAGCAUGGUGGGCACAGGGCUUCAAGCCUAUCAUCCUCAGCAUUGCUGAGGCUAUCAAUAAUCCCAAGUACGCCGAGGUGCAGGGGCUGAAACUGGAGCCGGAGCUCAAGACGGACUUGAUGAAGUGGCUAGCCUGGGAGAAUAUGGGCGAUGGAGUGCUAUCACACUACCUUGUAUUUCCAAUGGCUGCGCGUGAGGAUCACUUGCUGGCGUACUUGCGUCGGGGAGAGUAUCCCGCACUGACACGGUGGAAAGGUAUGGACGACGGCCUUUUCGUGGGACCCCAGAGCGAGGUCGCAGCCGCUAUAAAACAGGCCAUAGCAAACCCGAGGCUUGAGGGCUUGAAGGAUUUUAUUACUGCUGUGUCCAACACGGCAUCAAAGGAUCAGAAGGACAAGGACGUCUUCACCAUAGAUGACCCUCCAAAAUCUAUUGCAUUCUACGACGAAAAAGGGAUCAGCACCACCUAUGGCAAGAUUGGCGAAGUCACCGAGGCCAACCACGCCGAAUGGCUGUUGAAGCUCGAUGCGCUCAUCAAUGCUCACCUGCAGACUGCGUGGCAAAACGUCUUCCACGACGGCAUCGCCGUGGUCAAGCCGUACCCGGAGCACACUACGGCCAUGGUGGAUCCUGCAGUGAAGCUCGCGACCCGUCUGUCAACGUGCCUGGACAGCCCCAUGCCGGCCUCAUGCCCACCCAACUGGCCCAAGUGCCGCCCGUGCAAGCCCGGCUCGGUCAAGACGACGACGCCAUCCAAGUACGCCAACACGACGGCGCUCUACAGCAUCGGCACCGUCCCGCAUCCAUACACGCUGCAGACCAUGAUCAGCCGCAAGCCCCGGCUGGAUGUCUCCUGGCUCGUGCGGCACUCGAAGCGUGAUGCUUGGCUGGACGCAACUAUGCAGGGACUGGUCGAUAAAAAGGUCUCGGGCGGUGCGCGUGUGAUACGCUUCAAGGAGGCUGUCGCGGGCGAUUAUGCAGCGGCCCGCAGCCUGUGGAUUCCCGCCGAGAGGGAAGUACCCAACGACUUGGCGUGGCGGUUCGGGUUCACCCUUCCCCCCGCCGCUGGCGAUGAUGACGAAAAGGACAAGCCCGCGCCCAAGCCCAAGCCCGAACCCAAGAAAGAGACCGAAAAGGGUGACAAGAAACAGGCCCGUGAUAUGAUACCCGACGAGACGCUCGACAACGAGCGGCUGGUAGAGGAGGAACUCAACCGCGACCUCAACGCCGGCACCGAGGGCACCCCUGCGGCGCAGAUGCGGGAAGACAAACUUUUGAAGCAAGCCAAGGAGAUUAGGUUCAGCAAGGACCCCUCAGACGUCAAGGUUCGCGAGGCGGCCGAGGCUUGGAACCUGGCCGACACGGAGGCGUGGCGGUUCGCGCGUGCGUUCCUGGCCCGUUCGCGCAUGGAGCGGAUGAAGUGGGAGGAGGAAGAAAGGCAUUACGCUGGCGGCGCCGGAGCUGAGAAGGUUAGACAAGAUGGCAAGGGCAUUGGGAGGUGGCUGGAGAGGAACUGAUGAUUCCUGAUUUGUUAAAAGUAAAAGAGAUACCAGCUGUACACCAAUCUAUAGUAAUAUUCCGGCCAAGAUUAUUGUAUUUACUCUUUAUGAGAUUGCUUUUAUGAGAUGAGCUUUGUUUGACUCUUUUUUUUUUUUUUUUUUUUUUUCGGGGGGGCGGGGGUUCUCUAUUCUCACGAGCAUGCGGGGUUGUCAAUCUUUUAUUUGCAAAGACACAUACAUACACAUGGCAAUUUCGCUAUUGAAAUUUAUGGACCG